AUAACAGACGUUAUUGUGGUAGCGAACCUCUAUAUGAAUUCCGGCCAGAAGAGAAAGUGAAGACUCAAAAGAGAUGGAAGAAGUUGACAAAGGAACAGUGUGUGUGACGGGAGGCACUGGGUUCAUAGCCUCAUGGCUGAUCAAGAGGCUUCUUCACGAGGGCUACUCGGUCCAUACCACUGUUAGGUCAGAUCCAGGAAACAAAAGAGACCUUAGUUUCCUAACCACACUGCCGGGUGCAGCCGAAAGGCUCGAAAUCUUCGGCGCUGAUCUUAACGAUGCAGCCAUCGGGGGAUGCAAGGGAGUCUUCCAUCUCGCCACUCCUCUCGACUUCGAUGUGCCAGAGGAGGUAUUUAUCGAGAGGGCGGUGAACGGAACGCUAGGCGUAUUGAAGUCGUGCUUAAGAUCGGGUACCGUGAGGAGACUCGUCUAUACUUCUAGUCAAGCCGCCGUUGUAUUCAACGGACGGGACGUGGAGACGAUGGACGAGAGUUUCUGGACCGACGCCGGUUUCCUUCGAGGGAUACAAAACCGGAACCAACGUUGUUACAUCAUGUCCAAGACUUUACCGGAAAAGGAAGCUCUCGAAUGGGGAGCACGACACGGACUCGAUGUGGUGACAGUGAUUCCUAGUCUCGUUGUUGGUCCUUUCAUAUGCCCCAAACUCCCUGCCUAAUUGCACACAACGUUGGCUCUCAUCUUCGGGCUUCAGCAUCAAUAUCCUUACAUUCUAAAUGCGUCGAUGGUGCACGUCGACGACGUCGCGAGGGCACAUAUCUUCUUGCUCGAAUAUCCCGAUGCGAAAGGGAGAUACAAUUGUUCUUCCCACACGACGAGUCUUCAAAAGAUGUACGAAUUUCUUCGUGCCAAGUACCCGGAGUUCCCGAUGCCGACACCGGAAUCCUUAGCAAAGAUCAAAGGUGAGAAAUGCCCCGGUCUGUCACCAAAGAAACUGCUGGAUACAGGCUUCGAAUUCAAUUACGGGGUUGAUGAAAUGUUUGAUGAUGCUAUUAAGUGCUGCAAGGAAAAAGGUUAUCUCUGAGUUCAAACUAUUGAAAGAAGCUUUGAUGAGAUGUGAAAUAUUAUUAUCAAUGUUGUAUCAGAUCAUAUUAACAAUCUUCAGGAAGUCGAUCGGAGUUGCAUCUUGUGGCUCGAUAAGCAACCCAAUGCGGUUAUAGGGUUAAAAAAAAGUUUUAGACCAACAAUCAGUUGGUCUAGUGAGAUGAGGCACUAGGUCCCUUAAGCAAGGUCAGGAGUUUGAAUCUUGGAGUUUGCGAAUGGAGCAAACUAUGUUAGGAGAGUCGUUCUCACCUUUGUAAUACCUGAUCUGAAUUAGUCGGAUACUAGUGAUUAAUUAAAAAAAGU